GGGACAUUAAAGAGAGCGUAAGAUUAGCAAAGGAUUGCUCCAGAGAUGUGGCUAAGCCGAAGCUCUCGGUAAACAACGGUUCCGGACAUCGUAGCAGUGAACGUGCUGAUCAAGGCUUUGGUGUGGAAAUUGUGGAAGUCACAGGGAUUUACAUUGAAGUAGUCGAGAUAAGUGAUAUUAGGGUC